GUUAAAUCCAAUAUGGCGGCUAACAAGCGGGUGUUGUAUGUGGGUGGUUUAGCAGAAGAGGUGGAUGAGAAGGUGCUCCAUGCUGCCUUUAUUCCCUUUGGAGACAUCAUCGACAUCCAGAUCCCGCUGGACUAUGAAACGGAGAAGCACAGAGGUUUUGCAUUCAUCGAAUUUGAGCUUGCAGAGGAUGCUGCAGCAGCUAUUGAUAACAUGAAUGAGUCUGAACUUUUUGGAAGGACUGUCCGCGUCAAUAUCGCCAAACCCAUGAGAAUCAAAGAAGGUUCUUCUCGACCAGUGUGGUCGGAUGAUGACUGGUUGAAAAAGUUUUCUGGGAAGACCGUGGAAGAAGCUGAGGCAGAGGCAGCAGCUGGAGAAACACCCCAAACUACAGCUCAGGAGGGUGAGCCCCCGGCUAAAAAGGGCAGAGUAAAUCCUCAGGUCUACAUGGACAUAAAGAUCGGCAACAAGCCAGCAGGGAGACUGCGCUUCCUGCUCCGGGCUGACAUUGUUCCCAUGACAGCAGAGAACUUCCGCUGCUUGUGCACUCACGAAAAGGGCUUCGGCUACAAGGGCAGCAGCUUCCACCGCAUCAUCCCUCAGUUUAUGUGCCAAGGAGGCGACUUCACCAACCACAACGGCACCGGCGGGAAGUCCAUCUAUGGCCGGAAGUUUGAUGAUGAAAACUUUGUCCUUAAACACACAGCUCCAGGGCAACUCUCCAUGGCGAACUCUGGGUCAAACACAAAUGGCUCUCAGUUCUUCAUCACCACUGACAAAACGGACUGGUUGGAUGGCAAACAUGUGGUGUUUGGAGAGCUGGUGGAGGGGAUGGAUGUGCUGCGAGCAAUGGAGGCUCAGGGAGCCAAAGACGGAAAGCCGAAGCAGAAAGUGAUCAUCUCGGACUGUGGAGAGUAUGUGUGAACAAAAAGCACUGUGUGUGUGUGUGUGUGUGUGUGUGUGUGUGUGUGUGUGUGUGUGUGUGUGUGUGUAUGAAAGCGGCACAUGUCUGAGAGCAAGAUGACCUUUUGCUGUUUUGUACUUUGAAACCAGAUCUUCUGCCAUGUAAAUAUUUCA